AUGAAAAAAUUAAUGAAAAGUCAUCAACAAAAAAUUGAAUUUGCCCAGAGUGAAAAAUUAUUGCGUGAUCUUGACUUGUAUUAAAAAAUAUUUCUAUAAACAAAAUAAGAAAAUAAAAAAUAACAAUCUUUAGCAAUUAGAAGACUCUUACCCAAUAAAUAAUAUUCAUAGCAUUAAUAACAAUCAUAAUAAUUAUUUAAUAAUCCCAAUCUCCAGUGUUUUAAUACUUAAUUUGAUCAAGAAACUAGUUACUCUAACCAUUAAAAUUAAGAAAAAAAAAGAAAAAAGAUUGCUAUCUCGAUGAUUGAUUGUCCAAAGAUUUUCAAAAUAUCCAAUAAAACUCAAUAUCCCCCCUAAAAUAAAUCAUUAUAAUCUGUAACGUAGAAGAUUGUUAUCGUAAACCAUUAAGGUAGACCAUAAACCUAUUAUAUGAAGUGA